CUCAUUCUAGGUGUUGCAGCAGCCCAAACUAUCCAAGGCUGUGUCCGCAACCUCUUCUUCAACAAUCAACGCAUCCACUACCUAUCCACCAACUCUCCACAACCAGGCAUCAUGAUCAGCAGCCCGACGGGACCAAUCACGUACGGAUGCACAAGCGUGGAUGUCUGCAAUCCCAACCCAUGUCCAGUCAACUCGUACUGUGUGGAUAACUGGAAUGCCUUUGAGUGUAUUUGCUUGGAGGGUUGGGAGGGUGCGCAGUGCAACCAGAGCAUAGACGAUUGUAUCGGCAACCAGUGUAUGAACGAAGCCACCUGUCUAGAUGGUCACAUGACCUACUCUUGCCUCUGCCCGGUGGGACUGACGGGUGAAUUCUGUGACAUCGAGAUCAACGUUUGCGACAGCCGUCCCUGCGAUGCGCAGAACACCAUCGCGUGCCUUCACGUCUUCCCGUUAGACUACACCUGUAACUGUGUGCCAGGGUACGAAGGCAAGAAUUGUAGCGUGGAUAACAGAUUAUGCACCCAGAACCCGUGCGAGAAUGGCGCUACGUGUACCCAGACUGCUGAUAAUCUCAUUUACACGUGUGCGUGCCCGGAUUUCUACGAAGGCGUCAACUGUGAGACUUACAAUCCCUGCUUUAGACAUGACUGUUUGAACGGGGCGGAGUGUGUACAGAAUGAAACCGAGUACACUUGUACAUGCUCGAGUGGUUUUCACGGUGAGUUCUGCCAGUUUGUGGAUCGCUGUCUUCAAAAUCCGUGCCAGAAUGGCGGAGCGUGCGCACAGAGCAUGAGCGACUACACAUGUGCGUGCACUCGGCAUUACGAAGGCGUGAACUGCGAAGUACCGAUUGAUCAGUGUGAGGUGAACCGAUGUUUUAACGGAGCGACGUGCUUCCAUGAUACAACCGUGCCGGAGGUUAACUUCACGUGCAGCUGCGCUGCUGGUUUCAGAGGACCGUUGUGCGAGACGGAUGUAAACGAAUGCGAUUCUGAUCCGUGUAUGAACGGUGGACAGUGCAACCAGUAUCCAUUUGGGGAUUCAAAUUUCCCUGGGUACGAGUGUGCUUGCGUCGCAGGAUACACCGGUAUGGAAUGCGAGACUAACAUUAACGAAUGCGACAGCGAUCCAUGUUUAAACCAGGGUGAGUGCACGGACCAAGUCAAUGCCUAUGUGUGUACGUGCGUUGAGCCUUACGAUGGGACCAAUUGUGAGAUAGACACGAGAACAUGCCAACAAGCUUUGUGUCAGAACGGCGCCCAGUGUGAAGAUAGGGGGCCUGGUCUGGGGAUAGAGUGUCAGUGUAAGUUGGGAUUCGGUGGUGAGUUUUGCACCAACGAAAUCAAUGCAUGCCAUAGCAAUCUCUGCCAACAAGGAGGGUCAUGUGACUACAUCGGACCAUGUGACUGCCCGAUGCUCCCCCAGGAGGCAGUGAACUGUGGACAAGACGAAGCGUGCCAGCGACUGGCUUGUCAGAGAGACCCAACAUGCUCGAUACGUCAAAUAGCAUUCCAGUGUAACUGCACCGACACCGGAUACGAAGGACUCGUAUGCGAUCAAGACGUAAACGAAUGCGAAACAGAUCCCAACGCUUGUUACAACGACGGCGAGUGCAUCAACACGCCUGGUUCCCACCAGUGCAACUGCACGGGUACCGGUUUCACGGGACAGUACUGCACAGAGGAUAUCAACGAGUGUACGAACGAUAACCCCUGCAUGAAUGGUGCACGGUGUAUCAACGAUCGACCGUUCUUUGAAUGUCGCUGUAACGCCGGAUUUAACGGUACGCUCUGCGAAACUGAAAUUAACGAAUGCGGGAGCAAUCCGUGUCAAAACGGAGGCACUUGCAUGGACAAAGUGAAUGGGUUUACAUGUAAUUGCACCAAUACGGGAUACGAGGGUACGACCUGCGCAGAGAAUAUCGACGAAUGUGAAGUUGGUUCUCAUCGCUGUUUGAACGGAGGAAGUUGCCGGGAUUCUGUAGGUAGUUACACCUGUUUAUGCAGCAGCGAAUAUAACGGUGAUUACUGUGAAGUUCCCUCAGCGAGGCCGAUUGAACCUGUCCAAGUCAUCCUCCCCCUGGUCAUCCUAGCCAUCCUGCUGGCUUGUGCCAUGGUCUACAUCUGGUGGUAUCUCAAGCAAUCCCGCAAGAUGAAGGGCAAAUAUAACCCGGCCAAGGAAGAGCUAGACGGAGGGAUGCCGAUGGCCGCCUUUGACCUGGAGACAGAUGAAAGGUUAAUAUGAGAAGACGCGUUCAAUGAAAGUCUCAAGAUCUAGCCUAGUCAGGUUACGACUGUUGAAAUAACCUGGCCGACCGGUCCAUUUUCAGUCGUAGUGGACCGUUGUGGGUGUGGUCAUAAGCCCCGCCCACAAGCCCCGCCCACAAGCCCCGCCCACAAGCCCCGCCCACCUUUGGUUUGUGUGCAUUCCCAGUGUGACCAAGCUACUGUGGUCACAUGACCAAAAGUCGCGAUCUAAUUGGUCCAUGCGCACUCUUGGAUUAGCAGGCAGGAAGAGUCUAAUAUUUUGUCAUCUCUCUUAAGGAUUGAAAGGUUUACAUACAAGAUUCGGUUUUGCUGUAAUUUUCAGAAAUGGAUGGAUUUGGGGGUUAGUACUUCACAGUCGAUAUUGUAACACUGACCUGUUUAAAGUUUUGUGUU